AGAUUCUGCAACAACUUGAACACGUUGUAAAAAAGUUUCCAAAACGAGAACAGACAGUGACUUACUCAAAGAUGUCCACUUCACAGACAAACUGAAGGUAUAUAAAGUCUGUGUUUCCAUCUCUGAGACAUCCUGUGACCAGAAACUGCUGCUGGAACAGACUCUUCAACUAAUCAUCAAAACAAGAUGGCUGCUGGUCUUGUCUUCACUCUGCUUCUUGGUCUGAGCUUUGGACUCUGGGAUGGAGYUGAUGCUUGUCAACUGACAGUUGCCAAUUGUGAUGAGUGCACUCCUGGAUGGGCUUGGUACGACGGUCGAUGUUUCCUGUUUAUAAACGUUUCAAUGUCCUGGUCUGAUGCAGAGAAAUUUUGCCUUGCAUUUGAUGGACACCUGGCCUCAAUGAGCAGUACAAAUGAGUACAACUUCAUCAGACACCUUGUCCACAAAGCAACUGGACAACACACACAAACUUGGGUUGGAGGUCAUGAUUCACCAGAAGAAGGCUACUGGUUUUGGAGUGACGGUUCCAAGUUUGUGUUUAAUCAGUGGGGCCCCGGUGAGCCAAGCAAUAGCGGUGGAAUCGAAGACUGCAUGGACAUCAACAUAUUUGGACGAGAUUAUGUGAAUGAUAAUGUCUGUAGCCUGAAGCUCCCCUUCAUCUGUGUCAGACCCCUGUUACCUUCUUAUGCCUAAAAACCUGAAAUGCUCAUAUGGGUUUCCUGCUGGUGAUGUCACUUCCACCUGGAUGUUAAGCGUCGAUGACAUCUCUGCUGGAAGAACCUGAAUUCCCUUCAUUUCAUCACUUAAAUAAAUGUUUUCUUUCUCUGAAAUCUGAUAGAUUUAAUUACAGGAUUAAAAAUGUCAAGAUUC